GGGGGCGCGGGCCCCUCCUCUGGAGGGCGGGCCGUGCGGGCGGAGGCCAUACUCGCCCGGAGGCGCCCGGCGGGCAGGCGCGGGGCUCGAGCAGGGUCCGCGGCGGGCACGGGCCCUCGGGAGGCACUGGCCCGUGCUGAGCAGCGACCAAACAGACAGGGCGCCCGAGCACCCGAGCGGCGGGCCGAGGGGCGCGGGCCCGCUGCCAGGGGGGGCGCGCGGCGGCUGCCGCAGGUCUGUGCCAGGCGCGCCAGCCCCCCCCCCCGCUCUCCAGCAGUCGACACGAGGCCGCGUGCGCUGCCGCACGCGCGGCCAACAAGGUGAAACGCCGCAGCUGCACUCGCAGCACGCGCGGCGCGCGCCUCCAGUAGAAGUGCACGCGCUGCACGUGCGGGUCCAUUGCUGCACGCCGUGGGCGGGGGCGCAGAGGAGGUGCCGGAAAGGCGCCGAGGAGGAGGAGGAGGAGGAGGAGAACGAGGAGGAGGAGGAGGAGGCCUCCGAAGGGCGCGCCCUUCCUGCGGGGAGGCGGCCUCCGGCGGAGGGCGCCCGCGCGAGAGGCCGCGAGAGAGGCCGCGGGCGAGCACCGAGCUGCGGCGGCCGCGGGGACGGCUCGCCGCAUGAAACAUGGUCUACCUUGCGGACGCCCCGAGAGGCGCGACGCGCUGUAGAGUGA